AUGGUGAAAGAAACAAAGCUCUACGACGACCUCGGGGUGUCUUCUGGCGCCAGCGAGGCGGACAUCAAAAAGGCGUACCGAAAGGCUGCUCUCAAGUACCAUCCUGACAAGCCCGGAGGAAAUGAGGAGAAGUUCAAGCAGAUUUCCGAGGCGUACGACAUUCUGUCAGACAAGGAGAAGCGAGAGCUCUACGACCAGUAUGGUUUAGAGGCUGCUCGAAAAGGAGGAGUUCCCAUGCCCGAACCCGGCCAAGGAGGCGGGUUUCCGGGCGGAGGCGGGUUUCCCGGCGGCGCCGGAGGUUUCCCCGGAGGUGGCUUCUCUAGUGGAGGAGGCGGUGGUGGCCCUCAGACUUUCCACUUCUCUUCUGGUGGCGGUGGUCCGGGUGGCUUCGGUGGUUUCUCGUCUGGCGACGCCUUCAACAUCUUCAACUCAUUCGGACAGCAGGGCGGAUUCGACGACGAGGGAGACGACUACGGAGGAUUCGCCAACCUCUUUGGCGGACGUGCUGGCCGCCGUGCAGGAGGCAUGGGUGGCGGCAUGGGCGGUAUGGGAGGCAUGCCGCGCCAGAGGGCCCGAUCGCCCGAGCGAACACAGGUGACAGUCAAGAUGCCCGUGUCUUUGGAGGACCUGUGCACCGGUGCCACCAAGAAAAUGAAGAUCACCCGAAAGGGCCCCAGUGGCCAGCCCGAAGAGAAGGUGCUGACCGUCAACAUCAAGCCCGGCUGGAAGGCAGGCACCAAGCUCACCUUUGCUGGCGAGGGAGACUCUCAGCCCAACGGUGGCCAGCAGGAUGUGGUGUUUGUCAUUGAGCAGAAGCCCAACCCCGUGUUUACUCGAGACGGUGAUGAUCUCAAAAUGUCCAUCAAGCUGUCUCUCAAGGAGGCUCUGUGUGGAUUCACCAAGAUCAUUGAGACCCUGGAGGGCAAGAAGCUCAAGAUUGAGCAGCGUCUGCCCAUCAACCCCGGCCACAUUAUCACCUACCCCAACUAUGGUAUGCCCAUUUCCAAGAAGCCUGGUGAGCGUGGUCAGUUGAUCAUCACCAUCAAGGUGGACUUCCCCAGCUCGUUGACCGACGCCCAGCGAAAGGCCAUUGAGGACAACUUUUAA